CCGUGUUACUACGUAUUUUGUAUUGUGGUUACCGGUCGGUAUCAUAGAAUAUAGUAUUUUUUUUUUUAUAGUAUUUCGUAUUGUGAUUUGUGGAUACUGGUUAUUAAGUUUUACUGUUGACUGUUAUAUUGGACAUCUGUUGUACGAUAUUAUAUGAUGCUUCCCAAAAAUGCUUCAAAGUGCGUAAUAUAUGGCUGUCAAUCCAAAGGUAUUGUUGUUCAUCGAUUUCCCAAUCCCAGAACGGACUUUCUGAGAUUAAAAAAAUGGAUUGAUUUGGUUGGUUUGAACAAAAUGGAUCCAAACGAUGUUUAUAAAAAGAAAUUUAUAUGCAAUAAUCACUUUGAUGAACAGUCUUUUAGUCCUGGUACUAAGAGACUGAAUGCGAAAUCUUGUCCAACAUUACUAUUACCAGGUAGUACUAAUUCAAAACCUAGUCAACCUAGUGUCAAGGCUUCAAUAUCCAUACAUCAGAGCGAUUCAGAAAUAUCAGGUUCUGGAACGGAUGAAAAUAUUGUUUAUAGUACACCAGCAAAAACACAUGUCAUAUCAAAUAAUGAAACUUUGUCUGUUGAUCAUACGAAUCUUGAUGACAGUGUUAUGUCUGGUUUCAAUGUAUUGGAAACAUCAGUUCUUGAUGAAGUAUUGACAGUGAACACGCAUAACGUCACUAAUGCUGCUUGCAAUGCUGAUGGCUUUUAUUCUAGUGCUUUGAAUAAGUCAAAAAUAUCAAAAAAAAUGAAAAAUAGAUCUGGUUUAUUGGAUUAUAUUGGUAUGAACAGAAGUUUACAUUUGACACCGAAGUGUAAAAAGUUUUAUUCUAUUACAAACAACUUAUUACGGAAGUGUCGUCGUUUAAAUAAUAGUAAACAGAAUUUUAAGACAAGAUUACGCUAUGCUGAGAAAUUUAGUGAUUCUUAUGUUAAUGAAAAGUUCUCAGAUAAACUUACUGCUGCUUCAUCGCUAUUCACUAAUCUACAGUUGAGGGAAACAAAAAAAAAAUCCAAAGGACAUCGAUUUACAACAGACGAAAAAAUGUUAAGCCUUACUUUAUAUAAAAAAAGCCCCAAAUGUUAUAAUCUGUUGUCCAAGCUAUUUACUUUACCUUGUAAAAGAACACUGAAUAAUAUUCUGAGUAGCGUUUCAAUAAACCCAGGGAUAUCACCAAUUGUUAUGGCUGUUUUAAAAGAAAAUGUUAAGAAAUUAAAACCCAAAGAACGUUACUGUUCAAUUCUAUUUGAUGAGGUGUCUCUAAGUAGUGGACUUGCCUAUAAUGUGUCAUCAGACCAAAUUGACGGUUUUGUCAAUACUG